AUGGAUGUGAUCAUUAUAAGCGGCGACCACUGUAUAUCAUUAACAACAGAUUGUUGGUCAAGUAGAUCAAUCGAAUCAUACUACACAGUCACUGCUCAUGGAAUAGAUUCAAAUUGGAAUUUAAUUUCAUUAGUUUUAUGCACUUCAUCAGUUAUGACUGAGCGUCAUACUGGUGAAAAUUUAAAAAAUAAACUUGUUGAAACAUUACAUCACUGGGACAUGAUGAACAAAACCGUAAGUAUUGCACAUGAUAAUGCUGCAAAUAUUAUAAGUGCAAUGAAAUUAUUAAAAAAUGAAUCAGGUGCAAAAGAUAUUGAGGGUGUACACUGCUUUGCACACACUAUGCAAUGCAGUAUUAAUGCUGGCCUACAAAUUGAUCACAUAAAAUUAAUUUUGGAUACAUGUAAAAGUAUUUUAUCGCACUUCAAACAUUCAAAUAUUGCAUAUGAUGCUUAUCGUAGUGUUAAAAAUACUUCUCCAAAACGAAAAUUAAUACAAUUUGUUAAGACACGGUGGAAUUCUGUUUAUCAUAUGGUUGAUAGAUUAAUUGAGCAACGUUCUUCAAUUACAGCAGUUUUAAAUAAUCGGACCAUUACAUCAUCGCAAAUUGCAAGUGGAUUAGAAAUAGCUGAAAGGGAUUGGCGUUUUUUGGAAGAACUACGCGAUUGUUUAAAACCUUUUGAGUUGGCCACAAAAAUAAUGUCUUCUGAAAGUUCACCUACCGCAUCGAUCGUACAACCACUAAUUCAUUCAAUUAGAGAAAAUUUUUUAAAGGUAAAUUCUGGUGAUUCAAAUCCUCUUCGUGAGUUUAAAUCGACAGUUAAAAAAGAUUUUGUCACUAGAUUUUCCACUAAUGGGCGAUAUAGCCAAAGCUUGAUGGGUAAUUCUCAACCAACAUUAUUAGAUAUAUGCUCAUUUUUCGACCCGAGGUACAAAAAGUUUGAACGAGAAAUGGGCAUAUCCAAUAAAAUAAAAGAACUUUUAAAAGAAAUAAUCAACAAUGAUAUUGACAACGAAGCCCCUACUCAAGACACAGAAGAAAAUCGUACGGCUUUUGAUUUUUUAUUUCCAACAAACAUUCAUUACCAUCUGUGUGACGGGGAGUUAUAA